AUGGGUUCGGUCCAUACAGAGAUUAAGUUGGAAGAAGGAUGGACAAUAAUCCAAGACGGAAUUACAAGGCUGAUAAAUUCUUUUGAAGGUAUCCCUGAUCAAUCACCAUUCGACGAGACUUUUAAAUCUAUGUUGUACAGAACAAUUGUCACUAUGUGCACUCAGGUUCCUCCUAACGAGUGUUCUAAGGAGCUUUACGAUAGAUACGAAAGCGUCAUUAAAAAUUACUUGCAAUCGAAAGCUCUACCAGCCAUACAAGAGAAGCAGCAUGAUUACGUAUCCAUGUUACGUGGAUAUGUUAAGAGGUGGGAAAAUCAUAAAGUUACGGUAAGCUGGCUUUCUCAUAUUUUCUCCUAUCUCGACCGUUUUUUUAUUCAUCAAAAUUCACUUUCAUCGUUGGAAGAUGUUGGGAUUGGUUGCUUUCGUAAAGUUGUUUACGCGGCGAUGAAAGUUGAAGUUAAGGAUGUUGUUAUCUUGUUGAUUAAUAAAGAACGCGAAGGCGAUGAAAUUGAUAGGACUUUGCUCAAGGAUGUGAUACAAGUUUUUGUUGAUAUUGGUGGGAAGGUGAAUAAUGCACAGAGUAUGGAAUACUAUGUGAAUGAUUUUGAAGAGGCGUUUGUUCUUGAUACAGCCGAGUAUUAUACUCGGAAAGCUGGUAAUUUGAUUGGAGACUAUAUGAUGAAGGCUGUGAAACAGGAGAAAGAUAGGGUUUCUCACUAUUUGCACUCUAGUACAGAGGAGAAGAUGAAACCUCCUUAUGAUUAUUCUGGGAAGCUUUAUGAAAGAUACAAAGGCGUUUUUCAUGAUUACUUGACUUCUAAAGUUUUACCAGCUAUUCAAGAGAAGCAGGAUGAUGUAUCUAUGAUGCAAGAACUCGUAAAGAGGUGGGAUAAUCAUAAGGUUAUGGUAACUAAGCUUUCUCGCUAUUUCAAUUAUCUAGAUCGUGUACACAUUCCUCGAAAAAUGGCAAUCGAUGGUUUAUAUGUUCCAGCGUUAAGAGAUGUUGGGUUUAGUUGCUUUCGUGAAGUUGUGUAUGAGAAGAUGAAAGUGAAAGUUAGAGAUGCUGUUAUUGCGUUGAUUAAUCAAGAACGUCAAGGAAAUGAAAUUGAUAAGACUUUGGUGAAGAAUGUGUUAGAUAUUUUUGUCGAAAUUGGGAAAGAGUAUGGUAAAGAAGAUGAGUUGGAUUGUUAUGUCAAUGAUUUUGAAACUGGAUUUUUAAGUGACAUGGUCGAUUAUUAUACUCGGAAAGGUUCUAAUGAGAUUAAGGCUGCAGAAUGUUUUCAAAGGGAGAAGGAUAGGGUUUCUCACUAUUUGCAUUCCAGUACUGAGAAGAAGUUGUUGAAACUAAUGUCAACUGCAAGAUGA